AUGCCAAGAUCUUUCCUGGUUAAAAAGGUCAAACUUGACGAUUUCUCUUCGGCGGAUCUAGAAAACUCCUACAGCAGGUCGCGGACGGACUUCAACUCCCGGAUCCAUGACAAGGGAGGAUACAUCAGCGAGUACAUCACGCCGUCGUCGGUGUAUGAGGGCGAGAGCGACAGCGGCCUCAAGGUGCCCUCGCCGUCGGGCGCCAUCUACCCCGGGGCGCACGGCGACUACGGCGCGCCGGACUCGGACCAGCCCGACAGCCCGCACUCGGAGUUGGCCGGCGGCUACAUCAACGGCGACGCGGCGGUGAGCGAGGGCUACGCCGUCGACGCCUUCUUCAUCACCGACGGCCGUUCGCGCCGCAAGGCGGCGGCGGGCGGCGGCGGCGGCGGCGGCGGCGGCGCGGGGGCCCGCCUGGGCCCGCAGCAGCAGCGGCACACGUGCAGCGAGUGCGGCAAGACCUACGCCACCUCGUCCAACCUGAGCCGCCACAAGCAGACGCACCGCAGCCUCGACAGCAAGAUGGCCAAGAAGUGCCCGACGUGCGGGAAGGUGUACGUCUCCAUGCCGGCCAUGGCCAUGCACCUGCUCACGCACGACCUCAAGCACAAGUGCGACGUGUGCGGCAAGGCCUUCAGCCGGCCCUGGCUGCUGCAGGGCCACAUGCGCUCGCACACGGGCGAGAAGCCCUUCGGCUGCGCGCACUGCGGCAAGGCCUUCGCCGACCGCUCCAACCUGCGCGCCCACAUGCAGACGCACUCGGCCUUCAAGCACUUCAAGUGCAAGCGCUGCAGCAAGACCUUCGCCCUCAAGUCCUACCUGAACAAGCACCACGAGUCGGCCUGCUUCAAGGGCGCCGCGCCGCCGCCGCUCAGCCCCCUCCAGGCCUGA